AAUGUAGACACAUUAAUGCAGUGCUUCAUCAACAUUAUGGGAAAUAACAAGUAUAGCAACUUUGCUAGUGGUUAUCUAUUUGGAAUAUGGGGUCUAAUGAUGCACUUGGUGAUCCUGUGGGGUGUCUUAGAUGCAAAUUUUCAUUCUCCGAUAAUUAAAGAUUUACCAAUAAUAAAACCACCUGUCGGCGCUCCAGCAAAAAGGCUUUUGCUUUUUGUAGCAGAUGGUUUGCGCUUUCGAACAUUUAUAGAGAACCCACCGCCAUAUCUCAAAAAUGUGAUGGAUGAACAUGGAGCUUGGGGUGUUUCCCACACCAGAGUACCUACAGAAUCGAGACCUGGAAAUGUAGCCAUAGCUGCAGGUGUCUAUGAAGACCCCAGUGCUAUUUUUACAGGAUGGAAAGAGAACCCAGUGGACUUUGAUUCAGUCUUUAAUCAAAGUUAUAAAACGUGGGCGUGGGGUAGUCCGGAUAUUGUUCCUAUGUUCGCAAAGGGUUCAGAGACCAAGGUACAUGGUGAGAGUUAUCCUGCAGAGUGGGAGGAUUUUGAUGGUUCAACAAUCCGAUUAGAUUCCUGGGUCUUUGAGCGAUUUUCAAAUUGGCUUGAGACUGAUGCAGCAACUGUAAAAAAUAAAACUCAAAUCAUAUUGUUCUUCCACUUGUUGGGAUGUGAUACAGCAGGACAUGCCAGCAAACCACAAUCCAGUGAGUACCUGGAUAAUAUGAAAUACGUGGACCAGCAGAUAAAGGAAGUUGUAAGCAAAACAGAAGCUUUCUUUGGAGACAACCACACUGCAUAUCUCUUUACUGCUGACCAUGGGAUGACUGACUGGGGUUCUCAUGGAAGUGGCUCCAAAGAUGAGACUGAAACUCCUCUGGUUGUCUGGGGUGCAGGGAUCAAAAAUUUGAAGUCUCGUCAAAAUAUUGAGCAAGCUGACAUAACUCCACUAAUUUCAUCACUCCUGGGGAUACCCAUUCCCGUAAAUAACGAAGGUGUCUUACCAAAACAAUUUUUAAAACUUGGACAAAAGGCAUACGGUGCACGUGCAUUACUGAACAACAUAAAACAACUUGUUGUGCAAGUAACAGCUAAUCGUAUUCAGAAUGAAGGUAUUAGUACACAGAAGCACAAGAAGGAACAAGAAUUAGAAAAGAAUAUAGUGAACAUAGAACAACUUCUUGCUGAAAAGAAAUUUAUAAGUGCUUUGAAACAAGGGGAGAAGACUAUAGAACUAGCGAAGACAUCAUUACUGUACUUCCGUCAAUACCAAAGAAAUCGUCUGAUGCUAUAUUUGACUAUAAUUUGGGUGGGCUGGAUAGCGAUGCUCUUUUUGAAAGUAACUGGAGUAUCUUAUCACGAGGAGAAACCAAGUCAAUUAUUAUUAGCUAAUAUUGGAUUCGCCUGUGGUGUUGUUUUGUUACUUAUUGAGCACAAAGUUUCAGGAUCUUCGGAUUGGAGAUUACCCUGUUAUGGGAUAACAGCGUUGGUUUCUUCGUGGCUAGCAGUACGGACUGGUAUGAAAUUAGUGCCAAAAUUGGACCUACGCAAUGAAAAAUAUCCGUGGGUUGGAAUUCUCGUAAUCAUUUUCCUAAUAGUAACAAUGUCAACUGGUUUAAUAUACCGUUGGAUUUUUGGUAUUGGAAUGCUCUUUGCAGCAGCUAUGCAAAGAAUUUUAUUGAAGGACAGUCAUCCAAUGCUCCCUUGGACAGCCAUAAGUCUUGCUGUGUUUCCAUUGCUGCCUGUCGUUGAGCCACAACCACGUAUAUACAUAGUUCUGGCAAGCCUGGUAGCUGCAGCAACAACAUUGCUGUUUAACAGAUCAAUGAGCAAGUCCUUGAAACUCAUGGAAGCUUUACGUUUAGUGACUACCAUGUCAAUAUGUGCCAAUUAUGUUGAUGGCCGUGGAUGGUUAUCAUGGAUAAUCCUACUUCUAACACCAUUUAGCAUUUGGGUACAUUCUGACAAUCCAAAAGAGAGAAUAGUAGGUGUAGCUCAUGGUCUUCUGUGCCCGCUGGCACUUUUAUCAGCUUCCUACGAGCCAAUUUUCUUCCUUGGACUGACAGCACAUUUACUGUGCUGGCCACUGCAUUCGACACUUUCACAUAGGAUGACUGGAGAGGUUCGUCUCAACAUACAAGAUCUGUCCAGAGCAGGAUUUCUCAUGUUAUACACUUUACUUUGUUUCUUCGGAACAGGCAACAUGGCCAGCAUAAGUUCAUUCGAUCCUUCAUGGACUCGUCACUUUGUUACACUUUUUUCACCGUUCACCAUGGCUGCUUUGAUUUUACUAAAAUUGAGCAUACCCCUCUUACUCGUCGGUUGCGUAAGCCGCACUUUGGUAUCAUACUCGAUUUUCUUAGCUGUACUUUUAUUAGGAGAUUGUUUAGCACUGCCAUUAAUGUAUGGCGUUACUUCUCAGGGUAGUUGGCUCGAUAUUGGCAGUGCUAUUAGUCGUUUCACUAUCGCCAUUACAUUACCCUGCUUAUUAUUGCUUUUAUAUCACCUGUCUUAUCCCCUUGUUACUAUUAAUCUCAAAAGAUCAAGUUCAAUUUCUGAGAAGGAACAUUUAGUGUAAACUGUCCAAUACAAUUGUCAAGUAAAAGAGACCAAAAACUUUUUUAUAAUUCUGAUCGCACUGAGUAUUCAAUAAAUCUGAGGUUUCUGCGGUGAACAUAUUGCGUUAAUAAUUGCAACUGGUACGCUAUGUUUAGAAAUCUUUAUACACUUGAGUAUAUUUUAUUGAAGUUCAUGAUUUGUUUCUUCGUGAGAAAUAGUUGUACUGUUAGUGUGCGUUGGAGCAUGAUCGCACAUUUCACGAUGGGUGCAGUAUUUAAUAAAUAAUGUACAAUAAAUUAUGUAAAUCUGAA